CGAUUUCCAGUUGUUAUAGAGAGCGCAGCUGGAGCUCGCGCCGCCUGGCGUGUAAUCGGGAGCGCGCAUUUGGGGUGGAGGGUGCGCAAAGAGGGUGCGCGCGGCCGUGGACGCAGCCGGCGCGAGGAGUCCCGAGUCGAUAAGAGAGAGGACUUUAAAUCCCGGUGAUCACACGCGCCGCGUUGCUUCUCGGUGGCGCGGAAUAGGAGGAGGAGGAGGAGGAGGAAGGAUAAGAAGAAGAGGAGAAGAGGAGGGGAACUGGACGCAGGCGGUCAGAUUUUGGAGCGCUCUUGUUGUUGUUGUUGUUGUUGUUGUGUUGUGUUUGCUUUAGUUUUGUUUUGUACACAGCGCGUGCUCUGUGGAUGGGGCCGGCGCGCCGGUGCGCUCCGCUCCGCCAAGCGGGCAGAUGGUAGCGCGCGACUCGCGCCGCACGAGACCAUGGUCGAGAGGAGCGGCAAGUUCCUGUUCGCCGUCGUCGGCUCGGCGCUCUUCAUGCUCAUCCUCUAUCAGUACGCGGCACCCGGCGCCGUGACGUCCAACUUCGGCUUGCCGCGCGCCUAUGUUCAUGAGGACCCCGACGCCGACGCCGACCCCGACCCCGACGCCGACGCGUUCCCGACUCCCGACCCGCACUACGUCAAGAAGUACUACUUCCCUGCACGCGACCUGGAGCGUGCCAUCGACUUCCAGAUCAAAGGCGACGACGUGCUCGUGUUCCUGCACAUCCAGAAGACCGGCGGCACCACGUUCGGCCGUCACCUCGUGCAGAACGUGCGUCUCGAGCUGCCCUGCGACUGCCGACCCGGUCAGAAGAAGUGCACGUGCUACCGACCCAACCGCAAGGAGACGUGGCUGUUCUCCCGCUUCUCCACAGGCUGGAGCUGCGGACUGCACGCCGACUGGACCGAGCUCACCAACUGCGUCCCGGGGGUCAUCAACAAGAAGGAGAGCAAACUGAAAAGCCAAAGGAAGUUCUACUACAUCACCCUACUGAGGGACCCCGUGUCACGCUACCUCAGUGAGUGGCGACAUGUCCAGCGGGGUGCCACCUGGAAGACGUCAUUGCACAUGUGUGAUGGACGCACACCAACCCCAGAGGAACUUCCACCCUGCUACGAAGGCACAGACUGGUCAGGCUGUACCUUGCAGCAGUUUAUGGAGUGCCCCUACAACCUGGCCAACAACCGGCAAGUGCGCAUGCUGGCUGACCUCAGCCUGGUGGGCUGCUACAACAUGUCUUUCAUCCCCGAGAAGAAGCGUGCUCAGAUCCUGCUGGAUUCGGCCAAGAAAAACCUGCGUGACAUGGCCUUCUUUGGUUUGACCGAGUUUCAACGCAAAACGCAGUACCUAUUUGAGCGCACCUUCCACCUCAAGUUCAUCCGACCAUUUGUGCAGUACAACAGCACACGUGCAGCCGGCGUUGACCUGGACAACGACACCAUACAGCGCAUUGAGGAGCUUAAUGAGCUGGACGUCCAGCUCUACGACUAUGCGCGCGACCUUUUCCAGCAGCGUUAUAUGUAUAAGAGGCAAUUGGAAAGGCAUGAGCAGAAGCUGAAGAAACUUCGACGCUCAUCUGGCUCUGUAUCUUCUCCCAUGUCCCGGGAUGAGGCAGGUGACUCGGAAUCCUCGCGAUUGUCCACGGAAGACUACAUGAACCAUAUUAUUAAUCGCUGGUAGCAGAACUGAUGGAAAAAGAGGUGUGGAGAAAUGAGAAGGGUGAUGCCUACCUCUGUGACCGGAAUUCUCAGCCCCCUAGAUUGUGAGCUACUGAACCUUACCUGGAAGACUCGCAUCCAGUGAGAUCUUUCUGCCUCAGUCAUGCGUAAAAUGAUGUGAGGCAAAAGACUUGAAUGACACAAGGCACUAAGCCCACUUCAGCCUAAAAAGAUUUGAGUUCUAUGGGAUGAAUAACUCCUACAUGAUAAACACUUGGAAUUCUGCGCAAGGAAGACCUUCAGAGAAUGAUCAAGGGAACAUUGUAUCGUUAUUUGCCUAAAUGUCUGCUGCCAUUUCAGCCAUGGUUUCGAAACAACGAUGUUCCAUAUCAUAGUUUGGAUGUUUUCUUUGUUUUUCAGGGUCCUUUGAAAUGAUUUUGUUCCCACCUCCUAUAAGAGGUGUUUUUAAAGCACUGAGACCAACUAUGCUGCCUAAAGUCUAUUGUAUGCAAAUUUUUAAGCUUUGUUUAGUCAUCGUUGAAAAAAGAAAAAUUGAGAAAAAAUUGUUUAAUUUUACUUUGUCAUUAUGUACAUUUUUAUGACCAGAUAUGUGUGGACCAUAGCCAUUAUUUGAACCUAUCGCAGACUGUAUGGAGUUAAGUUAGCUAAAGGUGAAGCUAAAUCUGCACACCCAGGUUGUCAAAUAUUGUAUAUCAUUUUAUAUCAACCAAGAAAAAACUAGAUUUACCCAGCACAGCCCCAAGUGUAACCCCGUGUUCACACUGGCCACGGCAUCCCAUGACAAAGAAGCUGAAAGUGAUGCAUUUUCAAUGACACAUAGCUAUUAGCAUGGCAAGAUUCGAAGCAACCAUUUGUGACUUGGAUUAGGCUGGGCAGGGCAAGCAAUGCAGAAAAAGUUAUGUAAGCAGGAUAUGAAACAUUUUGGCGACUGCCAAUGGGAGCAAGAGAUGGGGGUACAAAUAGUUGUCAGUAUUUGUGAGGAGAAAGCUCGAUGACUUGUUCAAAAAAUAAGUCAAGUGUGCACUGCAUGGAUACCAUUUAUCACAAACAUUAUCAAUUCAAUUUUAUUUGUGUCGCACUUUUGAUGAUAAACAUUGUCCUGAAGCAGCUUUACAGAAAUCCAGAUGCAGCUCUAGAUCCCUAGAUAGAGCAAACCAUAGGUGACCGUGGCAAGGUAAAUCUCCCCGAGACCACAUGAGGAAGACAUGUUCUUCUUCUUCUUACACCAUACAGGUAUUGAUGAGUUAAGACAAACAGUACUACGUGUUUUGAAAGGAUCUUGAAAGUCCUGGGAUGAGCACAGAUCAGUCUUUACUAUUACAGCAGCAGUCUUUGAAUAAUAAAAAACAAUAGUGUUCAGCUGAGACGUCCUUGAGAUUCUUUUCUUAUGUCUUUGAAUGGGUGGUUUUGCAUACGUCCUGUAACUACCUAUGUAGUUUGUAGUGUUAUAACGCACAUUAUCCAGGCAAACCAUAGCAAAUGUCAGUAACUCAGGAUGUGAACGCUUACAAGCAAAUAACGUACAACUUAAGCAACAAAGACAGUGUGAAUGCAGGGUUAAAGGAUACUUUAAAGGUGACAUAUUAUACCCCUUUUCCACACGUUCACACAGUCCCGUGAGGUCUUAACGAAAUGUCUGUGACACGCUCUGGUCAAAAUACCUCAAGGAUAAAACACCACAGCUCCCUUCUCACCCUGUCUAUACAGUCCUGUUCAAAACGGCCGAUUUGACCGCCUGUUCCUUUAAAUGAUAAUGAGCUACUGCUUAUUCUACCACCUAUUCUCCUGGCCAGUCAGGUCAUACUUUCCUUGUGAGUAUUCAUUUGCAAAGGCCUUGAGUGGAGAUAUUCUAAUGAGGGGACGGGAUCAUUCUAAUGAGCUCCACUUGUGACAUAGAAAGAGGAGGCAAAUCUGAACGGCUUGCUGAAGCACAUGUUUUCCGAAAUAGGCAGAAGAAAAGAAACCAAGUGUCUUAUUUCAGAGUUUGCAGCUUGGUAGGCUCCAGAUACCCAAAUGUAUGUACACAAGCAGUGAAAAAGUGAGUUUUUCAUAAUAUGAAAAUGCUUUCCCUUUUAAUGCUUAAUACCUAAAUGGAAGACAUCUUGAUUUAAAAGGGAAUUUAUGCUGUAUUUGAUUUUUAACAUGUGAUGGGUUCUGUGUGGCGGGAUGGAAAGGGAACGGAAUGUCAAUGCCUCGUAUUACAGACUGUGUCAGGGGAAAAAAAAACAGCUUCAGAUCGCAGUGAAAAAGCAGACACAGCUUUUCUAAAUGCCAUCAAUGCUCCGAGUUCCCCUUGACUACUCAUUUUUGUAUGGGUAAGAGGAUGGAUGUGUCUGUUAUUUAUACAUUCUAUAUAGUGUGAAUGUGCACACCAUGGAUUUUCUUUUUGUGCGGGUCUUGCCAUGGUCUGCAGGGACUGAAGCUGAAGUCAGUAUCACAAGCCUCUGCUAACUGCUUUCAUUCUAUCAAUAACUGCACCUGAUAUCUAUACCCGACCAAGCCUGAGGAAUGAAGCCGUGACAUUUGGAAACGUGAGUUGGCCCACUGGAAAUCUAGCCAUCUUUGAGCUAGUAGAAGAAGCAAAUACAGUAUAUGUCUUGUCAUUCAGUCGGACUAUGAAAACCAAGAAACUACUAUUUUGGUGAGUGCAAAUGCAUAUUUAACCAAAUGCGAAAUACUUUAUCCUCCAAAAGAAGCUUGGCGUGAAGUGUCCUCAAGGUUCCCUUUUUCUCAAAAGUCAUUCUGUUGAUUAAUGAUGUGUCCUUUCCUUUCAAAGUCUGGUAACCCAUAGUGGGCAACAUGACAUUUGCAGACCAUAUACUUUAAUAUUUUAAUGUCCAAAAUGUCGGCUAAUUACAAACCUUGUUAAAAAGCUCCACUGUCUCCACUUUAUGAUAGCCCUGAACGUUAUCUUUCAAUUUGUUUGUCCAUCACAUUCCAGUUUUUGGUUCUUAGCAUUGCACAAAUGUAUCACUAAAAGCCACAAAUAAAAGAAAUUUCAUUUUUAUAUAUGAA